UUUAUAUGGCCAGACCAGGAAAGAACCGCCCAAGCUGGGCGGAACCGGUUCGCGCCCCCUCCACCACUGGGGCAAGGGACGUCUCCGGGAGAUGAUGGCCCAAGAAGGAUCGAGGGGCAAGUGGGUACCCCCCUCCAAAACACACAUACACAACGGGCCUGCCACCUCCCCAGGUCUGAUGGUGGAGAAGCCAGGAACCUUCAACCUGGCUGCCCCAGGGGAGGAUGAGAAAUUCCGCAGCCCUCAGCUGAGAUUGGCAACCAAGGCUUUAUUCCCUGGUAGACUUUGCAGGAAACUUGCCAGGGGCAGCUGAGGCCGGGUUCCGGGUGGUCCACCAGCCAAUUACCUGGCCCUUGCCUGCCCCCCUUUCUUCCCGGUGGCCACCAUCGGAUCGCAGGAGCUGCCGUGGCCUGACUCAGCCAAUAUGGAGGGGGGUGCUGGGACUGUCCCCUGUGAACACUUUGAGGCCAACGUGCUUGCCCAGGGUUGCUGUCAAAACUGCUUUCACCCCGAGGAGGCCCACAGAGCGAGGAGCCAGGAGCCGGGGAGCCCUCCAGGUGCUGAGGUGCCUUACUGCGACCUGCCUCGCCGCCUGCCUGUCUCUGAGGGUCCUCUCGGUUCCUCGACCUCCGGCUGCCAGUCCGUGGUGGGCCUGGGCCUUGGGCCAGGGCCAGAGAGGGGCCCGUCAGCAGGGUCCUCUGCAGAGGGCCCCACAGCCGCCCCCAGGAGCCAGGGCCAAGAGGCAGUGCCCUACCUGGAGGGUCUGGCCUCCUCCCUGAGCGGCAGCUUCGACGAAGGUCCCGACUCCGGCACCAGCUCCAGCCCUGAGUGCAACACCCCUGAUGAUCCCAGCGACUCGUCCUCCGUGGACUGGGACACUGUUGAAAGGCAGGAAGAGGCUCCCAGCUGGGACGAGCUCACCGUGAUGAUCCCAAGGAAGCCCCAGGAGGGGCCCAGAGCUGACAGUGCCCAAAGGGUUCCAUGUCCCGUCACCCGGGCCCCUGCGGGAGGAGAUACCGCAGGCCAGAGAAAGGAAGACACCUGCAGCGGGAGCCGAAGUGCUGGUCAGCACUGGGCCAAGCUCCGGGGAGAAAGUGGAUACUUCUUGGAGCAGCACCGCUCAGCGCUGACCCAGGCUUCCUGUGCAACGCCACAGAGCGGACCUCGAAGUGCCACCCCCCAGACUUCCUCUCUCCAUCGUUCUACCCAAAGGGACGUUAUCCAGACUGCUUCCACACAGCUCGCUAACCCCCGAGCCUCCUCUCCCCCACAAAUCACCCAACGGGACAACCCCAGGACCUCUUUCACACAGCAAAACACCCCCAGAGCAUCCUCUCCUUCAAGACUUGCCCAACGGGAUAACCCCAGAGCCUCCUCUCCCAACAGAACCACUCAACGGGACAACCCCAGGACAUCCUGUGCCCAACGGGACAACGCCAGAGCCUCCUCUCCCGACAGAACCACCCAACGGGACAACCCCAGAGCCUCCUCUCCCAACAGAACCACUCCACGGGACAACCCCAGGGCAUCCUGUGCCCAACGGGACAAUCCCAGGACCUCUUCUACCCAAAAGGACAACCUUAAAACCUCUUGUACCCAAUGGAACAACCUCAGAACCUCUUCUACUCAACGAGACUACCCGCAAUCUUCCUCUCGGCGGGACAACCCUGGAACUUCCUCCCCUCGAUGCUCCACUCAACGGAACAAUCCCCGGAAUGCUUCUCCCCAUCGUACUAACAAAGAUAUCCCCUGGGCCUCCUUUCCCCUUCGCCCAACCCAGAGUGAAGGCCCCCGAACCUCCUCCCCAUCUCGCUCCAAGCAAAGUGAGGUCCCCUGGGCAUCCAUUGCCCUUCGGCCAACCCAAGGUGACAGGCCUCAGACCUCAUCUCCCAGUAGGCCAGCUCAGCGUGACCCACCCUUGUCCUCCUCUGGAUCUACUCAGUAUAGCCCACCACCCCGGGCCACUUCCUCUUCCCAGAACCUGGGCCACCACAGUGCCUCCCGGACUUCUUCACCUCUGUACCCUGCUACCCGCGGGGCAGCCCAGACCUCUUCUGAGCCCUCCCAGCCUCCAUGUUCUGUGUGUAUUGGGCAUCGGGAUGCUCCUCGAGCUUCUUCCCCUCCUCGCUAUUUGCAACAUGACCCCUUCCCUUUCUUCCCAGACCCCCAUGCAUCUGAGAGUGAAUCACCCCACCACAACCCCCCCUAUAUACCCCCAGCGGGGGGCAGGGGACACCGGGAUGCCCCCCGGGCCUCCUCACCCCCCCGCCACGCCCAGUUUGAUCCCUUUCCCUUCCUCCCAGACACAUCAGAUGCUGAGACUCAGUCCCCCCAGCACGAUCCUCCUCAGUUCCCCCCACCUGUAUGUAUCGGGUACCGUGACGCACCCCGGGCCUCCUCCCCGCCGCGCCAGGCCCCAGAGCCCUCCCUCCUGUUCCAGGAUCUCCCCAGGGCCAGCACCGAGAGCCUUGUCCCCUCCACAGACUCUCUGCACGAGCCCCCCCACAUCCCCACCCCUGUGUGCAUUGGGCACCGGGAUGCCCCCUCCUUCUCAUCCCCACCACGCCAGGCCCCUGAGCCCUCCCUUUUCUUCCAGGAUCCCCCAGGGACUAGUAUGGAGAGCCUGGCCGCCUCCACCGACUCUCUGCAUGGCUCCCCAGUGCUGCCCCCCCAAGUGUGCAUCGGACACCGGGAUGCACCUCGAGCCUCCUCCCCGCCCCGCCACCCCCCCAGUGACCUAGUGCUCCUGGCAUCCUCACCUCCGCCGGGCAGCUCGGGGGGCUCCCGGGGCUCGGCGCCCCCUGGGGAGACCAGGCACAACUUGGAGAGGGAGGAGUACAGCAUGCUGGCCGACCUGCCCCCGCCCAGGAGGCUGGCGCAGAGGGAGCCAGGCCCCCAGUGCGGCAACGGGGGCCGUACCCGCAGCCCUGGCCGUGCAGAGGUGGAGCGCCUCUUCGGGCAAGAGCGCAGGAAGUCCGAGGCGCCGGGGGCCUUCCAGGCCCGGGACGAGGGGCGGUCGCAGCGGCCCAGCCAAGGUCAGAGCCAGCUUCUCCGAAGACAGUCCAGCCCUGCCCUCAGCAGGGAGGUAACCAAGCCCCUUGCGAAGCAGGCAGAACCGGCCCGGCGGAGCCAAGCGGAGCCCCCUCAUCCCAGGAGCCCCGAGAGGCGGCCUGAAGGGGACCGGAGGCUCCAGGGGUCCUCGCUGCCCCCGAGGACAUCAGCCCGGACCCCUGAGAGGGAGCGGCGGCCAGAAAGAUCUCUGGAAAGUGGCCGGGCAGGCCCAAGACAGCCUCCGGGGGGCCGGCAGAGUCAGGAGGAGUCCCCAGGUGCCCAGGGCCCUCACAGACACCUGGAGAGAGGCUGGGACAGCCUGCCAGAGCUGUGUCCUCACCAGCCCACGAGCCCCCCGGAGAGCUCCAGGGUAGGCCCCGAGACGCCCACCACCACGGGCCGGGGUGCUGAGGGAACAUGCCCACAUCGGCAUAGCCCUGAGAGGCGACCCGAGCUUGACUGGAGGGACCUCGUGGGCCUCCUCGGGGCACUCCGAGAGGGGGCCUGGGCCUGCAUGGAGGCGUCGACGCUCGCCUCCCGUCUUCCCAGGCUAGACUGGGAAGGCCUCCUGGAGCUCCUGCAGGCCCGGCUGCCCCGCCAGGACCCAGCUGGACACGGGGGUACGCUGGCCACUGCUUCGGGGCCAGAGGUGGCUUCCCCAGCCACGAACGGUACCCUGGAGCGAGAGCGACAGGGCCAGCCUGACGGCUGGGUGGAGGCCACCCUAGUCAACGGACAGAAAGCUGGGCCGUGGCCCCAGAGCUCUGCCCAGCCACCCAGCCCUGACUACGUCUCCACCCAGUGGCCAAAGACCAAAGUGACACGUGGACCGGAGACCUCGACUAUGGCUAGUCUGGAGGAGAUGGGCCAGCCAGGGAGCAGGAGCCCUGCAGAGGGUCCCAGCUUGCCAGAGUGGGAGCCCCUGGCCAGACACACGGGAGGAGCUCAGCCCCAAUGGAUGAGUGAUCGGUGCCUGCAAGACGCAAAUGGAGGAUGGUUCCAAUCAGAGGAGCCUGAGGAAUCAGAACCAAGCAAAGGCCGAGACUCACUGACCGACCAGAAGCAGGCAGAUUCGGCAGACAAGAGGCCAGCGGAGGGCAAGGCUGGGAGCCCACUCAAGGGCCGACUGGUGACCUCAUGGCGGAUGCCCGGGGACGUUCCCACGCUGUUCAAUCCGUUCCUGCUGUCUCUGGGGGUCCUCAGGUGGCAAAGGCCCGAUCUGCUCAACUUCAAGAAGGGAUGGAUGUCGAUCUUGGACGAGCCUGGGGAGUGGAAGAAGCAUUGGUUUGUGCUGACAGAUUCAAGCCUUAAGUACUACAGGGACUCCACCGCAGAGGAGGCAGAUGAGCUGGAUGGCGAGAUCGACCUGCGCUCCUGCACGGAUGUCACCGAGUACGCGGUGCAGCGCAACUAUGGCUUCCAGAUCCACACCAAGGAUGCUGUCUACACCUUGUCGGCCAUGACCUCGGGUAUCCGGCGAAACUGGAUCGAGGCUCUGAGGAAGACCGUGCGGCCAACCUCUGCCCCGGAUGUCACCAAGCUCUCGGACUGCAAUAAGGAGAACACGCCGCACAGCACCCAGAAGGGCUCCCUGAAGGCGGGGGAGCAGCGGGUGGGCUCUGAGGUCAUCGGUCGGGGCGGCCCGCGGAAGGCGGACGGGCAGCGGCAGUCCCUGGACUACGUGGAGCUCUCCCCGCUGACUCAGGGCUCCCCGCAGCGGGCCCGCACCCCGGCCCGCGCUCUCGACCGCCCGGCCAAGCAGGAGGAGCUGGAGCGGGACCUGGCGCAGCGCUCCGAGGAGCGUCGCAAGUGGUUUGAGGCCACGGACGGCAGGCCCGUGGAGACGCCGACCGGCGAGGCGCCGCGCCGGGGCCUGGGGGCCCCCCUGACCGAGGACCAGCAGAGCCGCCUCAGUGAGGAGAUUGAGAAGAAGUGGCAGGAGCUGGAGAAGCUGCCCCUGCGGGAGAACAAGCGGGUGCCUCUCACCGCCCUGCUCAACCAAAGCCGCGGGGAGCGCCGCGGGCCCCCGCGUGACAGCCACGAGGCGCUGGAGAAGGAGGUCCAGUCUCUCCGCGCCCAGCUGGAGGCAUGGCGCCUUCAAGGAGAGGCCCCUCAGAGUGCACCCAGGCCCCAGGAGGACAGCCAUAUCCCCCCGGGCUACAUCUCGCAGGAGGCGUGCGAGCGCAGCCUGGCCGAGAUGGAGUCCUCGCACCAGCAGGUGAUGGAGGAGCUGCAGAGGCACCACGAGCGGGAGCUGCAGCGGCUGCAGCAGGAGAAGGAGUGGCUCCUGGCCGAGGAGACGGCGGCCACGGCCUCGGCCAUCGAAGCCAUGAAGAAGGCCUACCAGGAGGAGCUGAGCCGGGAACUGAGCAAGACACGGAGUCUCCAACAGGGUCCAGAUGGCCUUCACAAGCAGCACCAGUCGGACGUGGCGGCGCUGAAGCGGGAGCUGCAGGUGCUGUCGGAGCAGUACUCGCAGAAGUGCCUGGAGAUCGGGGCCCUGACGCGGCAGGCCGAGGAGCGUGAGCACACGCUACGGCGCUGCCAGCAAGAGGGCCAAGAGCUGCUGCGCCACAACCAGGAGCUGCACGCCCGCCUGUCAGAGGAGAUCGACCGGCUGCGCGGCUUCAUUGCCUCGCAGGGCACCAGCGACGGCUGUGGACGCAGUAGCGAGCGGAGCUCCUGUGAGCUGGAGGUGCUGCUGCGGGUGAAGGAGAACGAGCUCCAGUACCUGAAGAAGGAGGUGCAGUGCCUCCGGGAUGAGCUACAGAUGCUGCAGAAGGACAAGGAGCGCUUCACUUCGGGAAAGUACCAGGAUGUGUACGUAGAGCUGAACCACAUCAAGACACGGUCAGAGCGGGAGAUCGAGCAGCUGAAGGAGCACCUGCGCCUUGCCAUGGCUGCGCUGCGGGAGAAGGAGUCGAUGCGCAACAGCCUGGCCGAGUAAAGGUCCUGGUGGCCCAGCCCCGCAGCAGAUGCCCCCAGACUGAGGGGACCAGUCAGUCACCCUCCUUCCUGCUGGAUGGAAGUCAGAAGCCAAGCUUUCUCCCCGCCCGCUGUGGGCCGCACGUGCACUCGUCCCCACCACACACACGCACACAGGUGCACACACGCGCGCACACACGCACACACACACACACACACACACACAUACACACUCUGCGUAUCUGAGCGCGCCCCUCGCACUGGGUCUUACCUUUUGCACCUUCUUCAGGAUUUUAUAUGUGAAGAGAUUUUUAUAUAGAUUUUUUUUCCUUCCCCCCCCCCACACUAUUUACUUUGUUCAAAAAACCAAUUUCUGGACGGCGGCCCCCCCUCCGUCCCCAGCCCCGGGGGGCCCAGGGUUUCGGGCCCCGGGCCCCGGCCCCAGGGGGGGGGGGGGGGUCCAGCAGGGGCGCAGCGGCGGCCACGGCACCGUUGACUCUGGUGGGAGAGGCAGGGAGCCAGCCAGCCACCCUCUUCCUACCCUACCUCCCACUAACUACUUCCUGCCCCAAGGGGACCCACACCUUGGGACUCUGGACAGAGGGACAGAUGGGCAGAGGGAGCCGGCAGCUCCCUAAGGCUUCACCUCCUCCUCUGAGGGGGUGCUGGGCACGGAACCACUGGAGCCGCCCCAUGAAGGCGUUUCUCUUCUGCUCCAUGAGCCUUCUUAACUUAAUAAAAUAUUCCCGCGGCU